CUUCUCUUGUUUACAAUUUCUAAUACUAACACCAUCCCAUGCACGCAGAGAAUUCCUUCAUAUCCUCAAACCUUGAUCCAUCGCUGCGGGGAGUUUAAUGCUGGUCGAUCUUUUGAGGAAGAUCCGCGUCGGUUAUCAAAAGAAGGAGGAAAGCCGCCGAGUCUUGAGUCGGCGUCGCAUGCAUCAAACCGUCGCCCGUUGGAUCAGUGAGCGUCGCGACGUCCGCGGUGCAGGUUGCACCGUCUCCUCUUCUUGCGACCAAGCUGCAUAGCACGUAUCAAUACGUUAUACGGGACAUGUUGACGUGAUACCGCGUGUUGUUUGAUACGCACGCGAGCUGCUAUUUUCCUCUUUUUAUCUGUGGGGCACCCGCAGAUUUUGCACCGGGUGACUAUUAUGGGGUAUUUGAGCGGCGGCUAAAUGGGGGCCGAUGGACAUUUUCGCGUGACCUUGUCCCUGAGGAGGGAACCGGGCGCCGGUCCGGUCUACUGUAAGAUGGAGACAUCCGCCAGGUUCCGGCAAUUGAAGACAGUGAAGCUAAGCUGCGAGACAACGUACCGGCUCGAUAUCAGCUUCAAGCCGCCGCAACUGCUGCAAUCCUUGAGCAUUGGUGGAAAAUCGGUGGAGGCGGUCGAACGGGCGAGGGAUAGCACGGCAUGUGCCUACAGCGCUUAUCACAGCACCAAAGAUAUCUCGGCGAGCGCGCGCGGUCACCGGGAGGACUUGUCGAUUGCCAUGCGAGUGCUCGGCUCCGGCUACCUGACCACCUGCCUACAAAUCAAGUACUAUCGACUGGAUGAUCAGAGCCAUUGCGAAUGGGGUGCCAGGCUGCACUGCAUCGAGCUCGAUUGCUCCAGCGUCGAGGGACGUCUCGUUACGGUGGAUCGAGAGACUUACAGAAAGCUCGGCAUAGAAUCUUAACGAACGAUGGACGUCAUUCUUAUAAUAUAUUUAUUAUAUAGGCAAUAAGAAAACCCGACGCUACGCCGCAAUUGAUAUCUGCUAAAGUUUGUACGUGAUUUGCUAAAUAUUUUAUACUCGUAAACGCUCCGAGGGUGUCCUGAUGGUUCCAAAUGAAAAUAAAGAUAGAUAAAAUCGAUAGUGCCGAUGACGAAAAAUCUAACAUAUAUCCUAAUACACUGUAUAAGCUUUAAUAAAUUAAUUCUUGAUUAAUCGUAUAAGAAACAGGAGCUUAAAAAUUUUGUCCAGGAUUCAAAAAUAGGCCUUUUGUGAUGAAUUAAAUCUAUUAAUAAAGAUAGAUUAUAAAGCUAGAUAAAGUUCAUUGGAAUAGUAUAUUUUUAAUUCAGUAGAAU